CCAAACCUUCCGCUCCGCGCUGUCUCGCUCGCCCCACAGCCUAGCCACGGCAGCCGACACCGCGGCGGCGGCGGCGGCGGCGGGAGGAAGCCAAGAAUCUCGCUCUUUGCUUGCGCGCCAGAACUGGGUGAGCAAUAAUAUGUACCUCCAUAUACAAAAUCAUACAAGACAGCAAAAAUUCCUGUGGAACAUGGAUCUUCAGCUCUGAAAGUUAAGUAGUUGCCCUUAUCUUGUGAAAGAAGAUUUGAAGAAGUUCAAGAUUGCUUAUACGGAGUACUAUCAAACGGCUUCUUACUGAAUAAAAUGGCCCUUAAUGGUAAUGGAAACCUCAAAGCUGAUACUCAAGCAGUAGAAUCAAGAACAUCUGAAAGUGAACCUGAAGCCACAGGCGUCAAUAGUAUUUCCACUCAGGAUGUUUCACGACAGGGAAAUGAGCGGAGUGGGUUUCUGAACUUUGUGAACCGCUUUACUGGUCCCAACUUAAGGAAGCUGGGUCAUAACCCUUCAGUCAAGUUUCGACAGCUCACUCUUGCGCGGGAUGAGUUUUCACGUUCUAUCCAUUCUGAUAACCAUGGUAAUCACGAGCAUUUCCAUUUAAUCAGGAAAAUUAACUGGGGCCACCUGUGGGUAAUGGGCAAGGAAUGGAUAAGGCAGCCUAUGAACAUGGCCCUUUUUGCUUGGAUUGCUUGUGUUGCUGUAUCUGGUGCAAUACUCUUCAUGGUUAUGACUGGAAUGUUGAAUCACGCUUUGCCCAGCAAACCACUAAGAGAUACCUGGUUUGAAGUGAACAACCAAAUAUUGAAUGCAUUAUUCACACUCAUGUGCCUUUAUCAACACCCGAUGCGGAUCUAUAACUUUGUGCUCUUAUGUCGAUGGGACCAAAAGGACAUUCUAAGGCUUAGGAAAGUAUACUGCAAAAAUGGGACAUAUAAGCCUAAUGAGUGGAUGCACAUGAUGGUGGUGGUAGUCCUUCUUAAUUUGAACUGCUUUGGCCAAUAUGCCUUGUGUGGUCUCAACAUAGGAUACCGCAGAUCAGAAAGGCCUCCUCUCGGUGUCGCUGUGACUAUUUCUGUUGCAAUUGGCGCUGCGGCAUUCGCCAGUGUGUAUAAUAUUGUCAGUCCUCUUGGGAAGGAUUAUGAUCCAGAUGAAGAACUGAGAGAAGCGGAUCCAGAAGCACAAUCCGUGGUCACCUCAACUGAAGGCACCAAGCCAGCAACUUCAGGGAGCUCGCUUGAGAGGAGAUAUUCUUUUCUUCAGAGCGAAGAACGCCGUUUCGUAGAGAGUAGGCCUGAGUGGGUCGGUGGACUGGCAGAUUUCUGGGAUGGUAUAACACUUGCAUACUUGUCGAUUUUCUGCAGUUGUUGCGUUUUCGGGUGGAAUGUGCAGAGGCUUGGGUUCGGCAACAUGUAUGUCCAUAUUGCAACAUUUCUGCUGUUUUGCGCAGCUCCCUUCUUCAUCUUCAAUAUGGCAGCUAUCAAUAUUAACAAUGAAACCCUGCGAGAAGCACUCGGGCUCACUGGAAUUGCACUUUGCUUUUUCGGUCUACUGUAUGGUGGCUUUUGGAGAAUACAGAUGAGGAAGAGAUUUAACCUCCCCGGGAACACCUUCUGCUGCCGUAAUCCUGAUGUCACAGAUUGUUUCCAGUGGCUGUGCUGUUGUUCAUGUUCUCUAGCUCAGGAGGUGAGAACUGCUGAUUAUUAUGAUAUUGCAGAGGAAAGGUCAUACAGAGGACAAGCAACCGAGGAAAGUCAGCGUGUGAUGUCACCAUUACGUCGUGAAGACGGUUUGCCACUUUUCAAGUCAACCCCUGCUUCGCCGUACAGGAGUAGCACACCAAGUCAGUCAAUUUUCAUUAUGGAGAGUCCAUCAGCUCCACGGAGGUCAUCCGGCGCAACCCCUCUUGGCGGUUCACCGACAACAGGCGACAGGGCAAUGCAGGCGCCUGCUCCAUCUGUUUUACACCGAGAAGGUGGAGAUGGAUCAUAGCAUGUGUAUAUUUGUUGUAAAGGAAAAAAAAACUACCAUGUGCUGCUUUUUCAUCUUGCGGCUGAUUUUCCAGUGUGCAAUCGCUCCUCCUCAAGAGAUGUACAGAAGUAUCCAAUUCUGCUCUGUUCUGUAUUCUGUUAGAUUUCAGGAGUGCAGACUUCUCUUUUGAGGUGAAACGGCGUCAGUGGUAUAUGUAUGUUUAGUAUUUGGCUGGAGAGUUGAUCUGUUGAUGGCUAACAACUGGAUGUGACGCUGCCAUCAGUCUCUUUCAGCACUUGCAAUAGUAACAGUUACUUUGUUGUCUAA